AUGGUUUUCAGGACCGUGGCCAGCUCCACGGCGAGAACAAAAGGCGGAUUUGAAGCUCUUGAUACAUCACGGCUCAAACAGCCCAGGGGAGGGAUGGAGCUGAGAUGGACAGGGAGGGAGACACCGGCUUACGACGUCAAAGGAGUACAGACACACACGGAGAGGAGAGGACCGCCGGCCAGACUGCCAGUUCCCCACGACUUCUCAAUGAAGGAGCCUGACGCAAUCAAGCUCUUCAUCGGGCAAAUACCCCGAAACCUGGAGGAAAAGGACCUGAAGCCCAUCUUUGAGCAGUUUGGAAAGAUCUACGAGCUGACGGUGAUUAAGGACAAAUACACCGGGAUGCACAAAGGAUGCGCCUUCCUCACGUACUGCGCGCGGGAGUCGGCCCUCAAAGCCCAGAAUGCACUGCACGAGCAGAAGACCCUACCGGGGAUGAACCGCCCAAUCCAGGUGAAGCCGGCGGACAGCGAGAGCAGAGGGGAAGACAGGAAGCUGUUUGUGGGCAUGCUGGGGAAACAGCAGACGGACGCCGAUGUGAGGAAGAUGUUCGAGCCGUUCGGCAGCAUAGAGGAGUGCACGGUGCUCCGCGGGCCUGAUGGGACCAGCAAAGGGUGUGCAUUUGUGAAGUUCCAGAGCAAUGCAGAGGCCCAGGCCGCCAUCAACGCUCUGCAUGGGAGUCGCACUUUACCUGGCGCCUCGUCCAGCCUGGUGGUCAAGUUUGCCGAUUCGGAGAAAGAGCGAGGGCUUCGGCGGAUGCAGCAGGUGGCCUCCCAGCUGGGGGUCAUCAGCCCCAUGACCCUGCACCUCGGAGCCUACAACGCCUACACACAGGCCCUGAUGCAGCAGCAGGCCUUGGUGGCUCAGUCGGCGUACCUCUCCCCUGUUGCCACGGUGGCUGCCGUCCAGAUGCAGCAGCUCGCUGCUCUCAACCCCAGCAGCAUCAUCGCCACGCCGAUAGCAUCCAUCACCCCGUCCUCAGGUACCAGCACUCCUCCCUCCAUCGCAGCCACACCUGUUCCUGCUAUGCCUCCGCCUAUUGCUGUGAACAGCUACCCCUCCGUGCAAGCACCACCCAACGGCCAAUCAGCCACAGAAACCCUGUACACCAACGGGGUUCAUGCCUAUCAAGCUCAGAGUCCUGUCCUGGAUCCCCUGCAGCAGGCAUACACGGGCAUGCAGCACUAUACAGCCACAUACCCGGCAGCCUACAGCCUGGUGGGACAGCCUUUCCCUCACCAGCCAACCCUGGUGGCCCAGCAGCCUCAGCAGCCGCAGCAGCUCCAGCAAAGAGAAGGUCCAGAGGGGUGUAACAUCUUCAUCUACCACCUGCCUCAGGAGUUCACCGACUCAGAGAUACUCCAGAUGUUCCUUCCUUUUGGAAACGUCAUUUCUGCGAAGGUCUUCGUUGACCGUGCCACCAACCAGAGCAAAUGCUUCGGUUUCGUGAGCUUUGACAACCCAUCCAGCGCCCAGACUGCCAUCCAGGCCAUGAAUGGCUUCCAGAUCGGUAUGAAGAGACUGAAGGUGCAGCUGAAGAGGCCCAAGGAUGCCAACAGGCCUUACUGA